CAUCCAUGAUGUAGAUAAAAUGUUAUCUACAUCGUGGUCGCAUGGACAUUAUUUACUACUGUAGUCGUGAUAGAGUUAAUGUAAAAUGCGUAUUAAAUUAAACCUUUUGGGACUGACGCCGGGUAGAAAUCCAUCAGUUUACUGGCUUCAUAUAGACAGAACCUGCAUUACAUUAAUAAAACAAUUGAAAGCAAAAGUAUGUAAGGUGUUAAAAGAAUCUCGUGAUAUAGAAUUAUGUUUUGACAACGUACCAUUUCUGGAUGAAGAUGAUAUCAAUGCAAUUAAUGAAAAUGAAGAAAUAUCUGUUAUUCUUAAAAAAAGCAAUAUUCAUGAUGAUCCAAAAUACAUCCAAACUGAAUCAAAUAUUAUUGAGUUCAAUUCAGAGUUAGAUAUGAUUCCAACUAAUACCAAUGGAGAUUUGUCCCCUUGUCGUAAAACGAUUAAGCAAAUUAACAAAUUUACUUCAACUAAACAAAUAACAAAUUAUAUUGAUAAUGGAACGUUAUCCCUUUAUCGUGAAGAGGAUGAAGAACCCAAUAAUGAUAAUGAAAAUUCAACUUCAUCCGAACUAUUAAAAAUUCCUAAGAAAAGAAUUCGUAAGAGGACACACAAAAAAAGCAAAAAAAAUGUUGAACUUGUAGAAAAUAAACCUGUUGAAAAUGAUUAUGUGGGUACUUUAUCUGAGACUUCUAUUGUAUCCUCAAAUGAAGUUAGUAAAAUGCACAAGCGUUUUAAAUUAGAUAAUGGAGAAAACAAUCAAGAAGAAGGUUGUUCUCCUUCCAUAAAUUCUGAAGAACCAAAUUUUCAUGUAACAAGAGAAGUUUCUCGCUGUGAUUCUCCAGCUUUAAAUUCUAAAGAACAAAAAAAUAUAAGCCUAUCUGCUUGGAAAAAUGAAAAACCAUUUAACAUUAAAUUCAAUAAAGUUCCAGUAUUUGUACGUGGUCAAACGUGUACCCCAAAGACUUCUACACAAAAUAGUUCUUAUAUUGAAAAUGAAAAUAAUAAGUCUAAUGAUAGCAUUUUAAGUGAAAAUUGUGAUAUGUUAGUAGUAGAUUGGAAGAACAUGUCUCAGAUAAAAAUAACAAACCUUACAGAGUUACAAAUUUAUGAUUUAUUACAAUUCAAAAUUAUGUCCAUGAAUGAAUGUGGUGAACCCCAAUUGUCAUCGGUUAUAACUGCACGUCUAGAUCACAUUUAUAAAUGUACAUUACAUAUUCAAGUACUUUCUGGAAUAAAAGAAUUUUUAACAAUAAACCCAAAAUUCAAAAUGGACGAUGAAGAAGAUAUUGGAACUCAGCGUGAAGUUGAAUUUGAUGAUCUAUUUGAAAUUUUUAAACUUGUAUAAUCUCUAUGCUUGUGUUAUUUUUAUAUUAUUAUUAUUAACUUACAAGUGUACAGUU